AUGAAGGGCAUUUUUACCACGCUGUGUCUAUGCCUCACUCACCUUGGUCAAUUGACCGAGGCCAAGUCCAAUUCUUGGUCUGGCACCAACAACUACUUCCUACAAGGAAUGUCAGACUCCGCUCAGGAUGCUUACAUCCAGACCUUGUCCUCCUACAACACUAAAGUUGUCAGACUAUGGGUCAAUCAAGCUACCAAGGGCUGCCAGAAAGGAAGCCAGAUCGUUAGGGAUAUCCCGCAGUUGGAGACUACUAUCGGGCAGUAUAACAAGGUGACUUUGGAUGAGAUUCAUAAGCUUCUUGUCAAGUUGUCGAACAAGAAUAUCAAGGCUAUCAUCUCUCCCCAUGACGCAAACUCUUUGAUUGGAGAUUACAGAAAAGACGCCUAUUGGGCCCGUUGGGGCGCUGGGUAUUUCUACGAGAAACAGGAUGCUUUUGAUGCAUACGACGCUCGCCUGUCGUACAUCCUUAACUACAAGGGUGCAUAUUCCGGCAAAGUCUGGAAGAACUGGCCUCAAGCCAUCUUCAGCUUCAACCUUCAGAAUGAACCCAUGACUCCUGGGCCCAGCAACUGUAAGAACGGCGACCCUGCAGGCUGGGCAUGCGGUCGUGCUACCUUCAUGCGCAACGCAGCAUUGGACAGCCAUAUCCUGAUUUCCACCGGCGGUCUGGGCGGUGAUAUUUCCCAUGGCUGCAACUUUCUCUCCGCUGUGACGCAGUGCAAGGCCAUCGAUGCUAUUUCCGUCCACCGCUAUGCAAGCGUUCCCGGCCAGUGGAGCGCCAAUCUUCCCAGCUGGCUAAGCCAGGCCAAUGGUAAGAAGGUCUAUCUCGAGGAAUGGGGAGUCGACUCGCAAAAGUACGAUCAGAAGUCGUCAUUCAUUUCGGAGGUGAAUAACAUGAACUCUGUUGGCCUGCCUAACAUGUACUGGCAGCUUCUUCCCCCGUCAUCUGGAGGCUGCAGUUAUGACCCUAAGAAUGAUGGCGGUGAUCCUUUUGGUAUCUAUACUAACUCCGGGGUCAACUUGGCGGGCCCGAUAAAUAGUGCGACUUCAUCGGGAGCUGCUCAAGACUGGACUGGUAGUAUGUACUAA